CAUGAAGAAAAAACUACCUCUUUUUUAAAUUCCAGAUUUCCUCCUAACUCUCGACAAUAUGGAUGCACCCAGUCAAUCAAACCAAAUGCAAGCUCUUGUCGGAGCCCUAGGCUCGGUGAUAGGCUAUCUCGGCUCUGAAGUCGCAGAAAAGGUCCUCUUCGAGCGCCUGAUGUGGCCGCAGCGAUAUUACAACGAUCUCACCUUCUCCAUCUUCCUCAAGCAGGGUUUCCUCAUGACCAUGGGUGGACCUUUACACGCGGCAGCUCUUGCUACGCUAGACGUCUUCAGAGACAGCGGACUUUACAAAGGCACCCGCCGAGGUCACAUGCUCGGAACAGCCUUCCUGCCUAGUACAAAUGUGACGAACUUCCUUAGGACGGAUAGCGAUAGUAGAGGUAUUGCCAAGCAAUCGAGAAACGGGUUCUGGGUGCAGGUGUUGAAGAACAUCAAAGAUGUCCCGGUUAAGGAGCAUGUGCCGAGGAUCGAUAGACAACCAACGAACGAUCUGAUGCAUGUAAGAACGAGACAGCCAGUCCAUCAUCUCAGGUUUCGACUCGUUUCCGAUAUCGAACCUCCAGGAGAACAUGUCAUUUGCAUCAGCGAGGAGAGGACUACAUUGAAUGUAGUUCUGGGCAUCUUUCUCAGCGAACUGAGUGCUGUGAUCUCAGCCGUGGUCGCUGGAGCUAGAAUGCGGGAUUGGUGGCUGGUACCGUACUUAUGUAUUCCCUUGAUCCUUAAGUUGCUGUCGGUACUGGUCAACGUUCGAAGGUCUGGACUGGAAUCGUAUCUCGAGCUCCAAAGGAGUGGAUCUCUGAGCGACAGUGUCGUGAUAGAAGUGCAAAACCCCAAUCAUGGAUUCGCUGUCUUGGAAGGGCCGGAGCCCGUCAUCCGUCAGUUUUUCCGUCAUUAUGGCCACCCUAAGCGCGAUACUUGUGGAGAUAGAGUCCGGGAGGUUUUCUCAAUCUUGCUGAUAUAUUUGUUCGUUCUCAUCUUCCCGGUUGGCUUGGUAGCAAACUUGUGGAUGAGCACCGAGGUGCAGUACUUGUGGCUCGCGUACCAGCUAUAUGCCAUCUUGGCAAUGCAUAUUGUUCGGAUUUUUGGCUGGGAGGGUUGUGGAAGAACGGAAGAACGAGUUGCAGGCCACCUCAGAGAUAAAAUGGAAGUAUGGCUUUACAGUACUGGUGGUUGCACGGUAGGAGUGAAUCUGAGAACUACAUAUGUUGAUCAGAUCAAGGCGGGCGAAACGAUGGUGCAGGAAAUUGUCCGCAAACAUAGACCACACGAUGUGUUGAAGAGCCAUGCCACAGUGUAGCUAUAGAGCAUGUACAUACGUC